AUGACAACGACGUUAGCUACGGCGACAACGACCAGCGGGCCUCCGCCUUCGGUCCCAGCACUUACAACGACAUUCACGCCAGCCCCGUCAUGCAUGAGCUACUACAUGCUGCCGUAUUCGGCGAGCGAGUUCGCAUGUAUGGUUGGCGACGAGUCGUCGCCGUGCCAGUACCUUCAUCUUGGACCGUCCACGACAAGCGGAUGCCUACCGUCGGACUGGAGCUCAGAGACGGAUGCGUAUUACUCCCCUGGCGUGUGUCCGACCGGAUACACCGAGGCGUGCUCCAACCUGGUUAGUGUUGGGACCGUGACAGAGACGAGGGCGACGUGUUGUCCCAGCUCGUACAUUUGCCAAACCGACACCUACUGGCCCUGGUACGCCAAUAACGGGUGCACGAAAAUCGUCAACACCACCGAGGUGUACACCUACACGACCGAUGACCCUGACGAUGGACUCAUCACGACGACCUCCAAAGAUCCAUACGGAGUCAACGCAUACGCAGUCACGAUUCGCUAUCAAUCCGCCGACCACCUCCCUCCGGCUACUUCCGCGACAACCACGUCCUCUUCGCCGACUUCGACCGCCUCCCAAACACAGCCUGCAACGUCUUCCCCAGAUUCAAGCACGCUUUCGACCGGCGCAAAGGCAGGAAUCGGAGUCGGCGUAGCCGCGGCAGUCAUAAUCUUGUUGGUGGGGGCAGGGAUUUGGUUCUUUCGUCGCCGCAGGGCAAACGCUGCCGCAGAGCUUGGCAGCACCGAGGCGCAAAAGCCGGCGCAAUCGAGUCAGUAUGACAAGCCCGAGUUGGCUGGCACGCAAGUAUAUCCCAUGGCGGAGUUAGCGGGUAACCAGCCCUUCCCUGGGCAGACGCUUGCCCAUCACGUACCGGCACCGGAGCCGGUCGAAUUGGGGACAGGGAGAGAAUGA